CAAAUCUGUAUGAAUUUCCCAGCUAUGAAUAGUCCCUCAGAAAAUGAUGUGGCAGCCUUCAGUGAUGAAAAACAAGCUUCCUCACCGAGUGGUGAUGAGGUGAACAGAGAGAGAGAGAGCUCCAGCAGCAGCACUCUCUCCCCGCCGCCCACACUCCCUGGACCGGACGCUCUGCAGGCAGCUGGAUCGGGAUGCGUCCGUCUCCUGGUGCUGCUUGAGAUGAAGAUAAGACGACGACGGUGAAGUGGCGGCGGUGCUCGUUUAGCGGUGAAUGCGUUCCUCCUCGGUGCGAUCUGAGCAAAACGCAGCGGGUUAAAACCGCCCAACAGUCAGAGAGGAUCCGGGUUUCAGCCACACUGUCUGUCUGCUGUCAACUGUUGCUUAUUUCCUCUGUAAAUGAAUCUUGUAAGGUUUAUGAACAACCGUGUUCCUCCUAACAAGAGAUACCAGCCCACUGAAUAUGAGCAUGCUGCCAACUGUGCCACGCAUGCGUUAUGGAUAAUCCCCAGCCUACUGGGCAGCUCAGUGUUGCACUUCCAGUCAGAGGACCAAUGGGAGCGGCUGUCUGCCUGGGUUUAUGGCGGGCUCAGUUCGCUCUUCAUCAUCUCGACUCUUUUCCAUACCGUGGCCUGGAAGAAGAGCCACCUACGGUCUGUGGAGCACUGUUUCCACAUGUGUGACAGGAUGGUGAUCUAUUUCUUCAUUGCUGCCUCCUAUGCCCCUUGGCUGAACCUGAGGGAGCUUGGUCCCUGGGCAUGCCACAUGCGCUGGCUGGUCUGGGUCAUGGCAUCUUUUGGAACCACCUACGUCUUCUUCUUCCACGAGAGGUAUAAGAUCAUGGAAUUGAUCUGCUACACAGUGAUGGGAGUUUUUCCUGCCUUGGUCAUCCUCUCAAUGCCGGAGCAGGCUGGGUUGUGUGAGCUGCUGGUGGGCGGAGCCUGCUACUCCCUGGGAAUGGUCUUCUUCAAAAGCGAUGGCAUCGUCCCAUUCGCUCACGCCAUCUGGCACCUGUUCGUCGCCAUGGGAGCAGCCAUACAUUACUACGCCAUCUGGAAGUACCUAUACGCCCAGCCGCCCAAUCAGGUCCAGACCUCAAGAUGACAUCAACACUGACAGCACAGGAAGAAACGCCUGUGUUUGACCGACUUCAAGAAGACGACGCGAACCGUGUUUGAAUUCAGGGACUGCGUCAUGUGGAAGGUAGAGGGGUGAAGCCCCCAAUAGUAUGUGUCUGCAGAGCCAGAGGCUGCACCGAGAGGGCUGCACCGAGGGGGCUGCACACUUCCGGUCGCACAUUUCGAGCAUUUUUUAAAAGCUACCACAAUAGAUGGUCACAGUAGUGCACAAGUUACAGUUUAAAUGCUGAACUUACAGUUUUAAAAUAUGAUUUCACUCAAAAUAUUCUUAGAAUUUAAAAUAGUUUUUCAAAGAGUUUUCCACUUUCAUUUUGGCACCGGUAAGUUUUUCUGCAGAGCCGGAGGCUGCACUUUUAGGACCACGUCAAGUAUUCAACACCAAGUACUACUUCAUAUCCUACCUAAGAUUUUAAAGGUUUAAUUCAACCAAAUAGCACUUAUUACAAUAUCAUGAUUGGGUUGCUGAGACUUGCGUUAAGCAACAUGAAAUUUAUACGUCUUUUCUCAUUUUGUUUCGAGCCAUGCUUUUAUUCUGAAGAAGGUGUGCACCGAUACACGGAAGUGAAGUAUUCUAUGAGUGCCGGGAAAUUGUUGGUUAUCGUUUGAUGAAGUUCCUAAUACAGAUGCGGAGGAUAUGCCUGUUCCACAAAGAAGCCUGGGCUUAAUUCCUCAACUUGCAUUUGGACAAAUUGUGUAAUUAUCAGGUAAAAUAAUAAUGUAAUUGUCUGUAAUGGCCUUUGUGGUGUCGAGAUCUCAAACAGCACGAUCUGAAAGGCUGGAAAGAGGCAAUACGUACGGACAACUCUGGAGGCAGAUAUUUAUUUAUUUCAUACAAUACCAUUAAAUAAAAAUAAAAGUUAAAGACACAAACACCCAAAGGUAAAUUAGCACUAUGACUCCUUGACCUGCAUAAAUAUAAAUGUUUAUAACGUUAUAAAAUAUACAGCCCUCUCCGUGCAGCCUCGAGCUCAACAGACACAUACUAUUGGAAUAUUUUGAGUGAAAUCAUCCUUUAAAACUGUAAAUUCUGCAUUUAAACAUAGCAGACAUACCCUUCUCGGUGAAGCUGCAGGUAAUGGUGCAUUCAGGCGAUCUUCAGUAACUCAUACCAAACCAGUGGAAACCAUUUUUAAAACUUAAAUAAUGUAAAAUAAAAGGAUGAGAAAUAAAAGAUGAGAACAGCAAUGCGAUAUGGCCCAAUCAAAGUGAGGAUUCAACUUAAAGACCUGGAGUUUACGUCACGUGUUGCAUAAAAACAGAAUCUUGCUUUUCAGUGUUUAAGUUUGGACUCUGUCAGUUAGCAGAACUACCUCGGGUAAUGUGGAGUCUAAAAAUAGACAGUUAAAGAUGUGACGAGUGGAAUGAUGUGAUCCACUCCAUUCAUCCAGCUUUGAAUCGUGUCUGCAGUUCUUCCCCACCAGCCUCCACCGGCAGGAGGGUUUCUGCAGCCUUAAUUUUAGCCGGAGUGGUGAAACUCAGGGUAAAAACACAUUUGCAAAUCACUUCCUGCUGCUUGAAGGGCAACACUUGUGAACAUUUUAUCAAUCCAGAGCUUCUCUCAUCUUGAUUUUAGAUGCUGGACUGUGGAAGGACACAACCCAGAGGAAAAUGUUACCACUAAAAGUUUGCUCUUCUGUAGCUUGGGAGACAAAAUUGUGAUUCUUAUUUUGGGCUUAUUUGAGGGAGUUAGAUGCAGAGUGGUCUAACCCACCAAAAAUCGGAACUGGGUUUUAUAUAAUUUCUGUAACAUUUUAUGGUCUAGAUUUUAGCAGCCAAGUGGUCUAACCCACAACCCAAAUAUAGUGUUACAGUGGUGCUUGGAAUGUUAGAUCAUUCUUGAAAACACGAAACUUUGAACCCAUUUUUCUCAAAAACUACAAGAAGUGGUUAGACCACUCUGCUUCCAAACCCUUCAUUUUAGCUUUGAGUUUGUCUGUAUGAUUCUUGUAUUUUGCUCUUAAAAUUCAACAAGAAAUGUAGGUGAGAAAGGAGGAGAACAGGAGCCAAACUUGAGACUUAAAGGAGAUAAUUCCACUAAUGGAUCCAUUUUUCUCAGUUGAACUACAUGUGGGCUGCAUAUGAGCUUUAUUUUAUACAAAUAUAAUACAACCACUGCAUUGAAUUUUACUUAGAAGUCUGAAUAAAAUCACACACAUACACAUAUGCUCAUAAGUUUAUAUACCCUAGCAGAAUUUGUACAAUAUGUCCUAUUCUUUAAUGAAAACAUGAAUGAUCAGAGCAAAUCCAAUUGGGUGACAAAAAAUAAUUUUGUCUGACCACUAACCCUAAAUGAAGGAAAAGUUUUUCUAUGGUCAAACAUAUUUUCAAAAGAAAGUUGACAGUUUUUCCCAAAUUUUGCCAGAGUAUGGAAACUUAUGAACACGGUUAUUAUUAUUAAUAAUUGUUUAUUACCAGAUUAUCUCCUUUAAAUCUCAGGUUUGACUCUUGUUGCUAAUUAUUCUCCUCCUUUCUCUCCUGGUGAAUUUUAGGAGAAAUAUAUGAGAAACAUAUCAGACAAAAUCCAACUAAAACAAGAAUUACAAUUGUGUCUCACAACCUAUAGAGGAGCAAACUUUGAGCAGCAAGAUUUUAGUGAGUUAAUUCCAUCCCUGAACAAAUGAAAUCCACAUUUGCUCCAUCCAACUUGAAUCCCUCAUAUGUGUGUUUUGACACAUCAUGAGUUGAUGAGGACAUUUGAAUGCACCAUUAAGCAGGUAUACAGGUAUGAAGGAACCUUUUUCAUUGACCCGACGACGUUGUGAUGAAUGUGAACUUCGUGACAGUCUCUGAACUGGGUCACGGCUCGUUCUUUCGCCUCAGUUCAUUUCAACUAUCUGUUCCAGUGUUUUUGCAGGAAUUUGGUUUCAUUCCAACAAUCAAGGGUUAAUUCUCGGAGAUGCCUCCCUCUGUGGUGCACGUCCAGAUUCAGUGUUCAGGCGCUGAAUUGAGGGCAUUGUCUUAUCGCCAAAAGCAAGACAAUGUUUACAAUUCGCUGACUUGACUAUCAUGAUUAGUUUUAGUGAGUAUAAUCAUCAUUAACAGACAGCGUUUGAAUUAUAUUUAGCAGGUUGCAACAUCAAUAACUCACUAUUCCAAUUCAGAGCUCUAGAUAGUAAUAUUACUGCUACUGUUAUUAGUUGUGCUUUCUGCACUGUAUGGUUUAAACACAGGUUGCUUUAGUCAGUGUGAAACCAAAGCAUGACUACUGAAAGAUCUUCUUCACGUUGAACAUACAGAUAUUUGUGGUUUUAGUCGCUGGAGACUUUGUUUGCUCUGCACAGUAGAUUAUCAAGCAUAGUUACUGAAUCCUAGUAGUUUACUGUUGUUGAUUAGGUUUAGUGAGUGAAGACGUCGUCAUUAUACACCAUUUAUCAGAGACGUACAGUAUGUGUUGAGCUCAUAUUUUUUUCUGAUGUUCUCGUAGUGUUAGUUGAUUAUCUUCAUUCUAAAUGAACCUCAGAGGGAAAACCACCGUCAGAUUCAGCACUGCCACACUGACCUACUGCCGAUAGCACACUAACUACCAUUUAUGUCACACUUGAAAGGAAACUGGAGCUAUAGUAUAGUUGAACAAUCUGGCCCAAUAUUAAGGCAUCUCAGGUGUGUGUGUGUGUGUGCGUGUGUGUGUGUGUGUGUGUGUGUGUGUGUGUGUGUGUGUGUGUGUGUGUGUGUGUGUGUGUGUGUGUGUGUGUGUGUGUGUGCGUGUGUGCGUGUGCGCGUGUGCCUCUGAAAGCCUCUGAUUGGCUGAGUCUAUGUUUACAUGCAUGUACCUUGAACACAUCAAAAAAUAUAUUUGAAAUAUGUAUGUAUUCUGAGUGUUAAACUGUUGGAAAAGCUUGUGUAGUACGAUGAAUGUGGCUAGAGGACCAAAAGGCCAAACCAUCGGGUAUUCAGAGGUGUUAAACAAAAACAAAAAACUACUUUUUAAACUCCUGUCCAUCAUAUUUUCACUUCUGUGUGUUUCUCAGGAUUUGGAUCAUUUGGGCUUAAACAUCUGUGAAGCCAGAUUCAAGGACCGCGAAAGCUGCGGUCUGAGAGGUGCCAGCAUUAAAGAAAGCAGAUUCCCAAGUAGGGCAGCGGUCGCACAAAGUCGUCCGCAAGCUUUAUGGGUAAUAUUUAUAAAAAUAACAGGAAAGAAGCUCAGUUAGAAACAGACACAGAAUCCUGACAGAUACUAGAACAGCAGAAGUGUUUGUAGAUUAUAAUAGGCAGUGGAAAGCUCUAAAUUUGCUGCAGAGUUUGGAUUUGCAUCAGAACACACUGUGACGAACACUCACCAGAUGCAUUUGCAAGACGUUUUUGUUAGUGUAAAUGCAGUAGUUCAUGAGAAAAUGUGAACAUGUGAAGAGGGAAAAAAUGGUUUAAUUUGGACUCAAACCACUCACCAUGUCUUCCUCAGUUCAUUCAACACCUUUUAAAACAAACAGAGAAUCAGGUUAAAAAAAAAUGGACUGAAAACAAGUGAGGGGUUUAGAAGCAGAGUGAUCCCACCCACAAAAAAAUCUGGGUUUCAUAUAAUUUCUGUAAUAUUUUAUGAUGUAGAUUUUAGUGGCCAAGUAGUGUGACCCACAACCCAAAUAUAGUGUUACAGUGAUGUUUGGAAUGGUAGACAAUUCUGGAAAACACAAAACUUUGAACCCAUUUUUCUCAAAAACUACAGGAAGUGGGUUAGACCUCGCUGCUUCCAAACCCUUCAAAUGAUGUGUGUGUGUGUGUGUGUGUGUGUGUAUAUAUGAAAAUAUAAUAACAAAUAGUACUGUACAAGUCAGAUAGAACAAAUCUGCACAUUUUAAUUAAAGUGCAGCUCUUUGUGUGUGAAUUGUGUCCGAUAUUACCUCACUACACCAAAUAUUAAUUCCUCUAUAGCUAAAAAAAAAUUACAUUUACAACCGGUAUGUGAAUGCAGCAUUACACUGUGUAUAGAAUCACCAAACCUUUAUUGAAUAUAUUAGUUGUUUUUAUAAAUAUUUGACCAAUAAAUGCACCAGGGUGAUAAAAUAACCGCGAUUUAACCAUUUUCAGUCAUCAGGGUUUAUGGUCACAGUUGACUGGGAAUCUGUCACACAGUUUGAAACUCUUCAGAUAUAUUCUCUAAUACUAGAUGACUUUUUAGUAUUUCUACUGUCAGUGUUUACUUGAGCCUCUGGGAUGCACCGAACAGUGUUUUGACUCGUUCCACAGGCAGGUUUGGCCUUGCUGAGGUGAAUUGAGGGUAUGACUGUGUGUCUGUCUCGUCUUGGUUAUGAUCUCUGUGUCAUUCUGAUUUACAGUGCCCACCCGACUUUGUAUUAUAGACCUCUGUGGUUUUAUAAACACUUCUUCAUGUAUGUUGUUUCUAGAUGCUCUGUGAUCGUGGAGCUGCUGCUGGUGUUUUCUUUCUGAAGAUCUGCUGAUUAUACUCUCUCUCAUUAUUUGUGUCUCUCUUUCCCCAGUUUUCAUUUGGGUUAUUGUGUCCAUGGUGCUUUUUGUGCUGUGAUAAGCCAAUAUGAUGCCAACAAUGCUUUUAUCUUUUCUAUUUCUCUUGUAAUAAAAAAGCUUUUUUCAUGCAGUA